UUGAUCAAGGUGUACCUGGACAAAGGGAGCCAAUCUGAUUUCCAUCCUCCUGGUUUUGUCUACAUGAGCCCAGGGGCUUUGGAACAUCAUGGUAUGUUGAUAGUCCUGAUCCAGGAUAAAGGCACUAUAAGGUGUGGUGUGUGGAGUUGGAGAGCUGUAGCCAAUGAAGGCCUAGAGAGAGGAAGUCAGAUCCCAUAUGUGCGCUGGGCUUUGGGGGAGUCCUGUGCUGUUUUGUUGAUGAACCCAAACGAAGGAGCAAUGGCACCAGAGGAGCAUGUGCAACAAGUGUGGGAUCAGUUGCUGCUGAACAGCACUGCAGAGCAAAUCACAGUGGUGGCACAUGGUUACGGAGGCUUAGCUUUUGUUCAACUCCUGAAUCGGCUGGUGGGGUAUCUCAAGGUAGGGUGCAGGAUGAUGUCAGCAGGGACACAGUGCCACGAGACGGCACCUGCUACAUGUAUGGAUUCAGUAUUUCGUUUCAUUGCCAAACUGAUGAAGCCCGCAGUCAUGCCAACGCCGUUCUGCAUUGUCACUAGAAGCAGGAGCCUCGGAGUGAGAAAGCUGAGUGGCAUAACCGACCGAAACAAUAAUGCAUCCUGAAUGAGGAUACUUUAAUAGAAUGAGCAUCAUUACAACAGGGAAUGCAGUGUAUAAUGUUUGGCUUAUUAAACAACUUCAU